AUGGAAGCUAUCCAGAACAAGUCAAUGGAGGAGAAAGUGGAGUAUACAGAGCACGAAGAGAAGCACCAUGUUGUCCCCGACUUCAAACAUGAAAAGUCCCCACGCGAGAAGCGAUUGCUGCUGAAACAAGACCUGGCGAUUGUGCCACUGCUGGCUGGGUGCUUCUUUUUUGCUUAUCUGGACCGAACGCAGAUUGGAAAUGCUAAAGUCAUGGGAAUGGAUGAGGAUCUCAAUAUGUCAAGCAGCCAAUACUACAACUGCCUAAUGAUGUUCUUCGUUGGCUACAUGGUAUUUGAACUCCCAGCGGCAUUGACCCUGCGGUACAUUCCAGCGCCCGUAGUAUUUGGUUCUGCCGUCGUGCUCUUCGGUGUGAUAGCUUGCUGUAUUGCUGCUUGCCAUUCUUACGCGCCGAUUAUGGCCCUUCGGCUUCUAACAGGGGCAUUCGAGGCAGUGGUUCAGACAGGCAAUCUCUAUCUGGCACAGUGGUACUAUCCCAAUGAAGUGGGAACUAGAGCAGCAUUUUUCUAUCUUCCGGCUCCAAUAGCAGGUGCAAUUGGCGGGCUCAUCGCUUACGGCGUUGGCAAAAACCUCGAUGGCAGCCAAGGAAUAUCUUCCUGGCGUUGGCUUUUUCUGGUAGAAGGGGUUCCUACUAUUUUCUGGGGCCUUCUGAUUCUCAUCUUCCUUCCUAAAUUUCCAGAAACAGUUUCAAAAUAUGGAAGUGUGAUUUUCAAGACGGAAGAGGAGCGGGAAAUGAUUCUUCAAAGAACCAAGAUCGCUAGGAAUGUGCCAGAUUCGAGGCCAAAAUCCGUUCAAGUCUGGCUCGCUAUCAAAGAUCCCAAGUCUUGGCUACAAGCAAUGGCUGUUGCGGCAGUGUGCUUAAAUGUGGCUGCAUUUGGAGUUUUCCUCCCUACUUUCAUAAGUCUCUUUGGCUUCUCAACGCUCAUGACUCAACUAUACACCAUGAUCCCCUAUGCAUUUGGCAUUAUCACUCUUCCGAUUGGAAACAUUCUGGCGGAUCGGUUCGACAAAAAGGGAAUCCCAAUUUUAAUUUGCCUUUCUGUUUGCCUGAUCGGGUAUAUUCUCCUUCUCACGAGUACCAAUCAAGCCGUCCUUGUGGUGGGAUGCUGCUUUGUCUCGGCCGGCGCUUAUCCCGCUGUCGUUCUGUCUAGCGCCUGGGUCUUGAUCUCACAUGCUGGCUUUACCAAGCGAGCCACUUCCUGGGCAAUGGCACAGAUCUUUAUUCAGUGCUACAGCAUUAUCAGUACGCAGGUCUAUGUUGAUCCACCGCGAUUUUUUGAGGGACAUGGUACACUACUUGGAUUGAACGCUCUAGGCGUGGUUGCUGUCCUUCUCACUAUGUGGAUCCUCGGCAAAGAGAACAAAUGCCGGGAUGCCGUGGCUGCCGAGUUUGCUGCGAGGGGAGAGAUCAACCCUGACAGUCUUAAGGAUUAUGAGGAGCUCUGUGACCAGCAUCCUGAUUUCAGAUAUACAUUGUAG